AUGUCCGGGCCACGAACAAAGCGCCAAUUCGCAGGCGCAGCGAGCGACCCUGCCCAGCGCCGGAUAACCUCGUUCUUCGCCGGCGCCGGCGCUCCAUCCCCCUCUCUAUCGACAUCCGACCACCGCAUCGCGGCAGAGUCGCACGCCUUCAGUUCCACCGACAAUGCCGUGCAAGCGAACCUCCUGUCGGUCGGCAUGCGGGUGCGCAAGGCCGUGCCCGAGGGGUACAAGACGGGCACGUACAGCGCCUUCGCCUUGUGGGACGAGAACAACAGGGACACCACCCCGACUGGUGCCACCCACGACGCCGCGCGCUCGCGCUCGUACGCCGUAUCCACACCCAGAGAGCUCCUACCGUUUUGCGGCAUCAACAAGGUCGGCGGCCUGGGUACACAGGACACAUUCGCCUCACAAGGGCCUGGGCUCGAGGCCUCUUCCAUAUCGUUACCCUCUGAGCUCUUUGACGCCGAUGGCAUGGACGACGUCCCGGGGUUGACCCUCAGCCAAGAGUCGACAGAUUCGAACCACUCUACCGCCUCAGGCAUCACUGGCGCCAAUACCCGGAAGCGCUUCUUCGUGGAUGACGACGAAGGUACCGACAUAUCUGGAAGGCUCAAUGUCACAUCGUGGCAGGACUGGGAGGUCAGCCCCCGGAGCUUGGCGCCCACGGGUUGGGCGAAUGACAGAGUCCUCGCCGUGCCUCGAAAGGGAAGACUCCGGGGCAAGCUAGGCGGCGCGUCUGGCAAUGUGGCGUUGGGACAGGAGAACGUCAUGGUCACUGAUGAGGAUUUCGAGGAGGCGGCAUUCUUGGACCCUAACUUGGAGGUGGAGAUGGACGACGUCGUUUGA